CACGAACAGUGAACAAAAAAGGACCAACCGAAGUCUGAGGAAACUCAACACCGCUGAGCGCUGUUUAGCCGUGAGCCAAUAGCCAGAGGUGGGGGGGAUGAGAACUUGAGAAGAUGAAAAAUGGGACACUUCGAUUCUCAACAUAUAUAAAUUUCCCGCGAAAUUACGACUACAUAUCCCGUCCAAAUACCAACCCUCUAUCUGCAGCUCUGCAACACUACAUCCGGUCCGAUUCCCCUUCCCAUGGCCAGAAGAUUCAUGCCCACAUUCUCAAAAUUGGAUUUUCACCCAACACAGACAUCUCUAUCAAACUCCUCAUUCUACAUAUAAAAUCCGGUUGUUUAUCUUAUGCCCGAAAGGUAUUCGAUCGAAUGUCCAAACCAACUCUCUCCUGCUAUAAUUCAUUGAUUGCAGCCUACCUCAAACAAGGCCAACCAGUAGAAUCUCUGAAUUUGAUCCGCAGACUCGCUUCCUCUGAUGAAAAACCAGAUGGGUUCACGUUUUCCAUGAUUUUGAAGCUGUCUACAACCGCUACGUGUAAUGUAAUUUUGUCCGGUGAUGUUGGGAAACAGAUCCAUGCCCAGAUACUAAAAUCUGAUGUCCAAUUGGAUGACGUGCUCUUCACUGUUUUGGUUGAUACAUAUGCAAAGAGUAGAAAGGUUGAUUAUGCAAGGAAAGUGUUUGAUAAGACACUGAAGAAAAAUGUAAUCUGUUCUACAGCAAUGAUCAAUGGUUACAUGAAACAAGGAUCUGUGGCAGAUGCAGAAGAAAUAUUCCAGAGGACAAUUGAUAAAGAUAUUGUAGUUUUCAAUGCAAUGAUUGAAGGCUACAGCAAAUUGCUUGAAACCGCCAAGAAAUCGAUUGAAAUUUACAUUGACAUGCAACAAAUCAAUUUCCGCCCAACAAUCUCCACUUUUGUCAGUGUGAUUGGGGCCUGCUCUAUCUUGUCUGCUUUUGAGAUUGGUCAACAAAUCCAAACACAAUUAAUGAAGACUGAGUUCUUCACAGAUGUGAAAUUGGGUAGUGCACUUAUAGACAUGUACUCAAAAUGUGGGAGGACUGAGGAAGCACAAAGAAUUUUCGACUAUAUGCCAGAAAAGAAUGUCUUUUCAUGGACUUCUAUGAUUGAUGGGUUUGGGAAGAAUGGAAAUCCUACUGAAGCACUUGAACUCUUCAACAAAAUGCAAAGGGAGUAUCAAAUUAAACCCAAUUAUGUUACAUUCCUUAGUGCUCUCUCAGCUUGUGGACAUGCAGGGUUGGUUGCUAAGGGGCAGGAGAUCUUCAACAGCAUGGAGAGAGAUUAUUUAUUAAAACCAAGGGUGGAGCACUAUGCUUGCAUGGUUGACCUCCUAGGACGUGCUGGGAGUCUACAGCCAGCAUGGGAGUUCAUAAUGGCAAUGCCUGUGAAGCCUGAUUCUGAUGUGUGGGGAGCUCUGCUUGGUGCAUGUAGGCUUCAUGGUGAUGUAGAAAUGGCAGCUAUUGCUGCCGAUGAGCUCUUUAAGUUGAGAAGUGAUGGGAGGCCUGGAGCUUAUGUUGCCUUGUCUAACACUUUUGCAGCUGCUGGGAAGUGGGAGGGUGUAACUGAAAUUCGGGAGUUGAUGAAGGAGAGAGGGGUAUCUAAAGAUGCUGCCUGCAGCUGGGUUGGGACAGACAGUGGUUUAUGUGGUUUUCAUGUUGCCCAAAAGAUCUGAAAAGCAUGUAAAAUAGGGUGGCACAACCUCUUGCAGAACUUUGUAUCGUUGAGUUCAUGCAAUGUCGCUAUGGAAGUUUUCCAUCUGGCAGAAGAUCCUUUAAAUUCAUUGUGCAGUUGUGUAUCCUGCUCCAACAUUAAUUUGUUAGAGACUAAUCAUUUUGUAACAUUGGGCAGAGUUGACUCCGUUAUGAUUAUGAAAGCCUGAAUUUUGGCUUGAUCCUUUGAAGAGAUUUUCAUGCCUAAUUGUAUACAUCAUUCAUUUUCUGCUUGGUAAUUUACCUUAUUUGGAUUUUUUCUGUCAGUUUUACCCAACAUUAUAAUAACUCAUGUUUAUUGCUUGAAAUGAAAAUCCAGAUCA